AAACCAAAAACCCAUCAAAAUCCUCUGUCAGACACAGGUGAGGUGGUUGAGACCUCCGCCCUCUUUCGAUGUUUCCAAGAUUUCUCUGCUAAUCAAAACACAAAACCCCCUUAUAUCCCAUCACCUGUCUCUCCUUCAACUUUCAAGUAUAACCUCUCUCUCUCUCUCUCUCUCUCUCUCUCUCUCUCUCUCUCUCUGUCAUUGCUGCUUCCAAUUCCCAGAUGGCUCAGCUUCUCAAGACCACCUUCCUUCCAUCCUCUCUUCCCCGGGCAUCCACUGUUCGCUCUCCCUCGAUACACAUUUCCACUCACCGUUCCAGGACAACCCAGGUGGAGGCCAAGAUCCGAGAGAUCUUCAUGCCUGCAUUGAGCUCCACCAUGACUGAGGGAAAGAUUGUUUCUUGGGUGAAAUCAGAGGGAGAUAAGCUUUCUAAGGGUGAAAGUGUUGUUGUUGUUGAGUCUGAUAAGGCUGACAUGGAUGUUGAGACUUUCUAUGAUGGUUACUUGGCUGCUAUUAUGGUCGAAGAAGGCGGAGUUGCUGCCGUGGGUUCUGCUAUUGCUUUAUUGGCUGAGACUGAGGAGGAAAUUGCGGAGGCCAGGUCCAAAGCCUCGUCGUCGUCAUCAUCAGCUGCUCAGCCAGCAUCUACUAGUAGUAGUGCUCCGGAACCGUCGCAGACUGAGAAAAUUGCGGAGCCUGCGGGACCUGCAAUUUCAAAGGCGGCAGCAAUUGUGGGAUCUGCUGUGCACCCGGCAUCAGAGGGAGGGAAAAGAGUAGUGGCUUCGCCUUAUGCGAAGAAGCUUGCCAAGGAGUUAAAGGUGGAGCUGGAGAGAGUAGUGGGUAGUGGACCUAUGGGUAGAAUUGUGGCUAAGGAUGUUGAGGCUGCUGCCGCCGCCGCUGAUGCCGCUGCUAGCUUGGCUCCUAAGGUAGGAACCACCGUAAAUCCGCCGUCUGGGAUUGAGUUGGGGACGGUGGUGCCAUUUACAACAAUGCAGGGGGCAGUUAGUAGGAAUAUGGUGGAGAGUUUGGCAGUUCCUACAUUUAGAGUUGGCUACACUAUUACUACUGAUGCACUUGAUGCUCUUUACAAGAAGAUCAAGUCUAAGGGAGUGACCAUGACAGCCUUGCUCGCAAAGGCUACAGCCCUUGCGUUGGUUAAGCAUCCUGUAAUAAAUUCCAGUUGUAGAGAUGGUAAAAGCUUUACGUAUAAUAGUAGCAUCAACAUUGCAGUUGCUGUGGCCAUGGAUGGUGGAUUGCUCACGCCAGUGCUUCAAGAUGCCGAUAAGGUUGACAUUUAUUCACUGUCAAGAAAAUGGAAAGAGUUAGUUGAUAAGGCCCGGGCCAAGCAGCUGCAACCUCAUGAAUACAAUACAGGUACUUUCACGCUUUCUAACCUUGGAAUGUAUGGUGUGGAUCGGUUUGAUGCCAUUCUGCCACCUGGAACUGGAGCAAUCAUGGCUGUUGGUGCAUCUCAGCCAACUGUUGUGGCAACCAAGGAUGGCCGUAUUGGCAUGAAGAACCAGAUGCAGGUAAAUGUUACAGCAGAUCAUCGUGUAAUCUAUGGUGCUGAUCUGGCAUCCUUCUUGCAAACCCUGGCAAAGAUUAUUGAGGACCCCAAAGAUCUUACCUUCUAGUCCACACCCCAUCACUAAUUGAGGCCUUCUCUUUGCACUUGUUACAUUACCUUGACCUUGUUGUAUGUUCUCAAAGCUCAUUUUCUUCAUUAUCAAUCCUUGAUAUUUAUGAAUGAGACUCAUGUAGUUGUACUGCUGAAAAUGUAGGAGCUAAAUCACUCUGUUCAAAGUUCUACAUAGAACAGGAGCAGAAUUUUGAAGAGCAAUGUUUAUUCGUGUUUCAGACAUUACAUUUUUUUGUCCUUUAAUGAUGGCAUAAAAAUUGGUUGUUCA